GAGCGGAAAAAGAAAUUUGAAAAGGACGGUGAGAGGUUUUAUUCUCUAUUGGACCGCCAUUUACACCUGUCAUCCAAAAAGAAAGAAUCUCAGUUACAAGAGGCAGACCUCCAGGUGGAUAAGGAGAGACAUAAUUUCUUCGAGUCCUCCCUUGAUUAUGUUUAUCAAAUCCAGGAAGUUCAGGAGUCCAGGAAAUUCAAUAUUGUGGAGCCGGUCUUGGCCUUUCUUCAUAGCCUCUUCAUUUCCAAUAGCUUGACUGUGGAGCUCACACAGGAUUUCCUCCCAUACAAGCAGCAGCUCCAGCUGAGUUUACAGAAUACAAGAAAUCAUUUCUCCAGUACCCGGGAAGAGAUGGAAGAACUUAAGAAAAGGAUGAAAGAAGCUCCGCAAACAUGCAAACUUCCAGGACAGCCAACCAUUGAAGGCUAUCUCUAUACGCAAGAGAAAUGGGCUUUGGGAAUAUCCUGGGUAAAAUACUACUGCCAGUAUGAGAAAGAGACGAAAACGCUCACCAUGACACCUAUGGAACAGAAGCCAGGUUCUAAGCAGGUGUUAAAUGAACGUUACUACUCUUUCCUGUACCAUACUGUCCCAGGCGGUGUAUAUCCAGCUUCCUGUUUAAUCUGCCAUGCUUGGGAAAGAGCGCUGGCUUGCCCUGAGCAUUCUCUCCUGAUCGUCACCACUGAUUCUUGGAAAAGGGAGAAACCAUCUGCCAUCUUGCUGCCAGUACCAUUCAAAGGGACACAGUUCUCAGGACCCUUGGACUUAACCCUGAAGUACUGCGUGAGAAGGAAGACAGAGUCUAUCGACAAGAGGUUCUGUUUUGAUAUAGAAACGAAUGAGAGGCCAGGAACCAUCACUCUGCAGGCACUUUCAGAAGCUAAUAGAAGGCUAUGGAUGGAAGCCAUGGAUGGGAAAGAACCUAUCUAUCACAGCCCCAUAACGAAACAGGAAGAAAUGGAGCUGAAUGAAGUGGGGUUCAAGUUUGUUAGGAAGUGCAUCAAUAUCGUUGAGACCAAAGGGAUCAAGACAGAAGGAUUGUACCGCACCGUGGGUAGCAAUAUUCAGGUCCAGAAGCUGCUGAAUGCCUUUUUUGAUCCCAAAUGCCCAGGAGAUGUUGAUUUUCAUAAUAGUGACUGGGACAUUAAGACAAUCACCAGCUCCUUGAAAUUCUACCUCAGGAAUCUUUCUGAACCUGUCAUGACCUAUAGGCUUCACAAAGAGCUGGUCUCUGCUGCCAAAUCUGACAACCUGGAUUACCGUCUGGGAGCUAUUCACUCCCUAGUAUAUAAGCUACCCGAAAAGAACCGUGAGAUGCUGGAACUUCUGAUAAGACACUUGGUCAAUGUGUGUGAGCACAGCAAAGAGAAUCUUAUGACCCCUUCCAACAUGGGGGUGAUCUUUGGGCCCACCCUGAUGAGAGCUCAAGAGGACACUGUGGCUGCCAUGAUGAACAUCAAAUUCCAGAACAUUGUGGUAGAAAUCCUAAUUGAGCACUUUGGCAAGAUCUAUUUAGGUCCACCUGAGGAAAGUGCUGCACCUCCAGUGCCUCCACCUCGAGUGACAGCAAGAAGGCACAAACCAAUCACAAUUUCGAAACGCUUGCUGCGAGAAAGGACGGUUUUCUAUACUUCUUCCCUGGAUGAAGGAGAAGAUGAAGUCCAACAUCAAACACCCAAUGGUACUAUCACUAGCACCCUGGAAGCUCCCAAGCUGCCACAACAUCUCAAACUACCUAUUCAGAGGAGUGGGGAAACUGAUCCUGGGAGGAAGUCCCCAAGCAGGCCUGUUUCAGAUGGCAAAUUGGAGCCCUGCCCCGAGGUGGAUGUGGGGAAGUUGGUGUCUAGGCUACAGGAUGGAGCGACCAAGGCUACACCAAAGGCCACCAAUGGACCUGUGCCGGGCUCUGGGCCCACCAAGAACUCCUCUUUCCACAUAAAGAGACCGGCUCCCCGGCCCCAAGUUCACCAUAAGGAGGGGGAUACUGAGAGUUUCAGUAAAGUGCGACCUCCAGGAGAAAAGCCAACCAUCAUCCGUCCUCCAGUGAGACCCCCUGACCCUCCCUGCCGGGUAGCUACUUCCCAAAAGCCAGAUAUUGUGGCUGGCAAUGCAGGGGAAAUCCUUUCGUCUGUGGUGGCUUCCAGGACCAGGUUCUUUGAAACAGCUUCCCGGAAAACAGGAAGUUCUCAAGGCAGACUCCCAGGAGAUGAGAGUUGAAGCCACAGGUUUUAAGAGCCUUGGCCUUUGGAGACCCUUUCCAGGUUCUGAAAGGCUCUACUUCAAACCCUUGUGUGCUGCGUCAUUUUGUGUUGAAGAGCAGCUCUUUUCUGGCCCUGCACCUUCAGACUCUAGAAGUUAUAAAAUAAGGGGCACAUGUCCUAGACACAUGUUUAUUUCUCCUAUGUAUUCGUUUUCAUCCCCUCAAAAGGUCUGUUGAGCUCUUGUGACACUGUGAAUGGCUGGACUCCCUCAAGACCCAGAAUCUGUGGAAACCAAGCUAUCCACUGAGUUGACUUGAAGAGGGAAGCCUAGAUUUCACUUCUCAGAGCUUCCUGCUUUUUGAAAGGGCCAUCAAACCCUGAAAGAUCUAAGGAUAAAAAUCCAUCUUAGGGGUCUUAUUUUAAUUGAAAGGUCACUUGAGUUGGAGGGCAUUGCCCCAUUUGUUGGAGGGGAGUAGGAAUGUUAGGAGAACAUUGGAGAAUCUUAAUACUGAGGAUAUGGACAUUGGUGCCAGGUUGGCGCCCUGGUGCUGCAGUGUGUUGCCAAGAGCCUGCCUGCUCCCAUGGGGCCAGUGUGCGUGAUGACCCCAUAGUGCCCUACCCGCAUGUGGGCUUGCCUACAGCUGCUUAGGACAAAUUUGCCAAGCAUGUUUUGCAUGUCAAACAGAGCCUAUGCCUCUUUGGAUUGUUGUCCUCCUGUUUUCACCUGACAGCUUCCUUUCCAAGCAAUCAAGAGAAAGAAAAAAAAAAUCUGAAAACAUUUUCUUUUAAAAAGCAGACUGUGUUUGUCCUGUUGGAAUUCCAUUCUUGGUGAAAUGCAAGGAAAAGUUGUUCAGAUGGGUUGAGGCCCAGCAGUUAUCGCUGUUGUUUCAUGUUUGCCUCCAGCCACCAUGCUCCUUUAUCUCCUGAAAGAAAGCCUAUGUUAACCCUGUGUUUGUGAAUUCAGGAACUGCAUGAUGCCCCUGAGAUGUUAUGCACAAGUCCACAACAGUAUGCCUUUUCUGGGCAGGUGGUCCAUAACAUUCUACUGAAUUUCAAAUGGGCCUGUGACCCAAUAAAGGCUAAGAACCAAGGCUUUAAGAUAAAAGAUUCUUUACAACCCAUAAAGUAUUUGAUUAGAAGGGCCUUUCAAAUGCAUUUAUUCUAACAGCCUAGUUUACAGGCAGAGUAAGUUAGUGACCACAACAGGACAAGAUCCCAGGUCCCUGGGCUCCUAUAUAAGAUUCUUUCCAUAACAUCACAUUUAUCUAGCAAGGGGCAUUAUGGUUGGUGGCUUUAAUGGCCAUCAUUUUGAGGGUUUGGCUUUUUUAUUUUUCUUGAGCCCUACAUAUUUGCUACUAAGUGGAAAAUUUCAAGAUCUAAGCACCUGGUCCCCUUUACCUGGUCCUUGUCUGAAUCAUUGAAAGGGAACUAAAGCUCAGUGUAGUAGGUCAGACAUCUGAGGAAUAGACAUUUCUCAAUCCUGUCCAUUU